AACAAGUUACACGUGUUUACAUGUUCUAGAUAAAUCAGGCUCAUGUAUUUUAAAAUAGGAUGAUCAGUUGGAGUGGAAAAUGAAUAUAAUGUUGUGACGUGCGAUUAAGAUGCCAUUAUGGCUCAGAGGGCUGGAAGCGGGCAGAAGUGUGGAGUCCCUGCUAUAUUUGUAUGUCUGGCAGCACUUCUUUGUGCCAAUCUGCUUCUCUAUAUCUACCUGGAUGCUUUCUAUGAAACGACUGCUCCCCCCUCAGCACACAUACAUUGUCCACCAAGCUACUUUAGAGUGGGCACUAUGACUAACUGUACCCGCUGGCUGCAGUGCCCUGAGAUUCACACUAAUGUUCGUCGCCUUAAGCUUAUUGGACAGGGAGCUGUGAAGCAGGUGUAUUUAUCAGAGUGGCAGGGGCAAAAAGUAGCCCUGUGCAUCUUGGCAUCAGAGCAGUAUAAAGCUGAUUUUCUUCAUGGAGUGUCCAUGCUGUGUUCAUUGCAGAGUGCUCGUGUGGUAUCACUAAUUGGCAUGUGUGAAGAAAAUGGAGUGUUCGUUACUGAGUACCACCCUCUGGGUUCAGCACUGACACUUGAUGCUAUUCUUGCUAAGGAUCAUUACCGAAGUCAAGACACCUGGCAAACCCGGCUGCGACUGGCACUUGACUAUGUUGCUUUUCUGGUGUUUUUACACAACAGUCCAGUGGGCACCCGUGUUAUGUGUGACUCAAAUGACCUGCACAAAACACUGAGUCAGUUUUUGCUAACCUCUGACCUGCGGCUUCUGGCAAACGACUUGGAUGCUCUUCCGCUUGUGGAGCCUGGGGGUCAGGGAAUAAAGUGUGGUCACAAUCAGCUGGUAGGGGAGUUUGUUGCCCCAGAGCAACUAUGGCCUUACGGAGAGGAUGUGCCUUUCUCAGAUGACCUCAUGCCUGGCUAUGAUGAAAAGACAGACAUGUGGAAGAUUCCAGAUGUGACCCGUUUCUUGCUGGGUCAUGUCCCAGGCAGUGAUGUUCUUCACUUACACCUUUUUCAGGUCCAUGCAGAGUGUAAAAGACAGGAUCCUAGGCUACGACCAUCAGCGCAUGAGGUUUUGAGCGUGUAUCGCACGGUUUAUGACAGCAUGAAUGAAAGUCACAUGGAAAAUGUGAGAGAAAUGCUGUGAAUGUUAUAUAAUGCAUUUCAAAUGUUGAUGACAGAAUGACAGAGUGAGUUCAGAGAUAGUUAGAAUGUAAUGAUUGAGGUUCAGUAGUGUUUAUUAGGAGAAUAGGCAAAUAACUUUUACUGUAUGAACUUUUUCAGAACAACUAUUGAAUGCAUCUAAUAAAGUUUAAAA